ACCAGAUUAGUAAAGGUACAUCAAAAUUUGGGAUCGAGAAUAUUAGUGCUUUCCCACUUCGAGGGUAUCAUAUAGAGAAAAAAUCAUAUAUACGUGUUAUUACUUGGAAUCAAUUUGACUGGUAUAAUGCGUUAAAGGCAGUUCGUGAAGUCGAUAUCUGUACAGCUUCUGAUGAUCUAACCCCAAUAUAUUAUUACCGCAAAGUAGCCUGUGAAAAAAGAUUACCUCUUUCAAGUUGGGCAACGUUAAGUAAUUAUUUCCACGAAUAUAUUCAAGGAGGGUUUAAUGACUCUCAAUAUGACUGGCCAUUUAUUAUGGAGAAGGCCAAGAAGUUAGGAGUUCUUGAAUUGAUGUUCAACCAUAUGUCUAUCAAACCUAUGAGUCUGGAAAAAAUUACAAAAUGGCAAUAUCAAUGUAAUAUGAUAAAAGUAAAUAAUGGGAACUUCUAUUCGAGGCAUCUUAAAACUCCCAGAUGUGUGGCUAUUAAUGUCCAACUCUGUUUUAAGAAAUUCUACCCUAAAGCCGAAAAAAAAACUAAUGCCACAAUGACUGAGCAGAUGCGUGAAGUAGCCAAAUAUUGUAUCAUUGAUGCUCUUAGUUGCCAGCGGUUAAUGAUUAAGCACAAUGUAAUUAAUGGGUACAGAGAGGUUGCGAGUAUAGCAUUUAUAUCAUUAUUCGAUACGCAUUAUUUUGCAAUAGGAAUGAAAGGGCUUAAAAAUAAACAUCCUGUAACCGGCUUAGACUUUGCAUCAUUAUAUCUGAGUCUUAUUAUGACUUACAACCUCUCACCUGAUAAAAUUAUUUUAUCUCGAAAACAUGCUGAGUCUUUGGGAGAUAAACAUAAUAAUAUUCCUGAAGAAAAAGGUCUCUAUGCCAAAAUAUUGGAAUAUUUAUCUAGCAAAUGGAAUGAAAUAAAGAAACGCCUUGCCCCUUUGAAGAAAGAAAGGAAGACAUGGAACUGGUGA